UUGUUUCCUCCGCUCCUCUUACAACGUCCACCACAUAAACUCCUAGGCUAACGUGCACAAGACCCACGAUCCCAAAGUCUUCAUAACUAUCAUGCGCGCGCUUUCUUAAUCGUUAGCUAAACAGCAUUAUCAUUCUCGGACUCUCCUCUUGGACACCCCACACCCAAGCUCUCGAGUUCGUUGACGGAGAAACCUCUCUGUUUUAUUCGACAAAAGCUCGUGCGUAGUUUCAUCUGACAAGAAUGGAGGAAGCCUCGUCUAGUAGAACUGAGGAGGAGCAAGCAAUAGAAGGGAUGCUAACAAAGCUAGAGAUGGAAUCAGCUUAUACUAGUGAAAAACUGCUCAACUUGCAUGUUCUUCUUAUGCACCUUUUGGCUUGGGAUAAUGAUCUUGAAAGGGUGGGAACACUUGAUUCUUCUUCUGCAGCUUCCUUUGAGAAAGCUCUGACGUUUGAUCUGUUAUGCGGUAUAUUGGAGUCUGAGUUAAAGGAGGUGGAAGACGUUUUGGAUGAGCUGGAAGCCCAAAUAGUUGACACUUCUUAUAAGUUAUCUACUUGCAAACACCCAAACUAUCUCUUCUUGGAAGGCAAGUUGAGUGAAUCUGCAGAAUCCUUGAAGCAAUCUAGGGGACAAGUCUCGGAGAUCUCUUUGCAAUUAGCCCAGCUCCGACGAACACUUCACUAUAUAAGAAAUGGCACAAGUGAAAAUGAGGAGUCAGGAAGUGGUCAAGAUUUAAGGCAGAAGUAUGCGGUGAGACCAUCGGAUUUAAGGCAUAAAAAUGCUCUGAGGAUGCUGGAGAAGUCACUGGCUAGAGAGUUAGAGCUUGAGAAGAAGCUAAUGGAGUUCCAGCAAAACGAAGAGGAGCUGAAGCUCAAGCUACACUACACAGAGGAGGUAUCUUCUCGGAUGGAAGAAGCAUCAGAGUUUAUAUGGGGACAGUUUCUAGAGGCAGAUAACGCUUCAGAGGUGCUUAUGGGUAUCUCAAAGGAGCUUGUUGGCCGUCUUCAGGUUAUCCAGUUUAGUCAGAAUGGUUCAGCGCAACGAGAGUCAGAGCUUAAGGCUAAGCUUGAAGAUCUCAGUUUACAGCUCGAAGGGAAAGAUCUUUUGGUGCAAAAGCUUGAGGGAAUCAUUGCAGAGAAUCGAGAGAUGGUUUCAGAAGUGCUCGCUUUAAGGGAGCAAGUGAAGUCAGCUGAAGAGAAGCUUGAAAAGACCGAGAUUGAGCUGAGAAGUGUCAGUGUCUCUAAACAAGAAGUUCUGUUGCAUCUUGCUGAGAUGGAGAAUGCGAAUGAGUCCAUCAAAGAAAGCCUUUUCGAGGCUGAAAGCAGAGCUGAGAGUGGAGAAGCUAGGGUUAAAGAGGUAGAUGCUGCAGAUCUUGAACUUACCGAGGAGCUAAAUUUUCUCAAAGAUGCUGAUGAUAAAAAGACAAAGAAAGUGAGCUCACUGGAGAAGCAGCUCAGGGAAUUAGAAGUUCAAUUGCAAAUCUCCAAGGUAUCAUCAGAAGCAAGUCAAGAACAGCAGAACAUGUUAUAUUCAGCGAUAUGGGAUAUGGAGACUUUGAUAGAAGAUUUGAAAUCUAAAGCCUCAAAAGCUGAGAGUAGAACGGAGACGGCUGAGGAGCAAUGCGUUGUGCUUUCUACAACGAACUCUGUACUUAACAAAGAAGUGACCCUUUUGAGGCAAAGAACCAAAUCCUUGGAAGCAUCAUUGGAACUAGCUAACGAUGAGAAGGAGAAAAAUGCACAAGAAAUAACUGUGAGGAACAAGAUUUUGAUGGAUAUGGUGAUGCAGCUAUCCAGUGAAAGGGAACGUAUACAAGAACAGGAAAAUGAAAAGCUGAGAGUGAAUCAAUGCUCAAUGGGAAGUAAAUAUGAAAGAAAUGGAACUUAUGCUGUGGACAAAGAGUUACCUUUUAACAGAAAUGGUGGUGGAAUAGAGGCAUUUGCUGAAAGUCUGCAGGAGGAUGAGAGAGCAAAGAAAGAACCAGAGGAUCACUCUGCGCCUGAAAAGAGUAGCAUGAACACUGAGAUCAGAAGAGGAAGCAACUUGAGACGCAUACUAGUUUUGGCCUUAGCUUUUGUGCUUUCUUUCAUUCUUUGCUUUGGCGUUUGUUACUAGAAAAAAAAAAUUAGUUUGAAAAAUUCAGUUUCUCUUGGAAAAAUAUCAUUAGCCAUUUGUAUAUUUGGUUGUAAAUGAUCAAUGUUACAAAAUCUGUAAUCAAAAAGUAUCUGACUCAAUUUGGUAAAACUUUAUUAACAAAAUAUUUGUUGCUGUUU